AUGGCUCAUACUACUACGACUACAUGUGGCGAAACCCUUUUUCAAGAAACGAAUGACGCCGAGGUUCUCAGGGCCAUCCUUAACAGAGACUCGUAUCCAAAAGACUGUGCUCCUCGCCGGGGCCUUUGCAUUUUCAAUAGUUGCACGAAAGCGGUGCUUCUUUCUUAUCCUUAUGCCUAUCAUGACGAUGACAAUGAUGCCAGACUUUCAGCACUAAGUCGCUUGAUCGGCAAUGGAUUUGAUACGUCUUGUGUUCAGUGUUCGCGGCAAAAAACAUAUACACACAACAACUCUAUUGGUGCCAUUCAGCCGAUCGACCACAUUAUUAUUCCAUAUGGUCAUAUUACAUUUACCAUUAGCAACGACAGCAGCAGCAGCAGCAGCAACAGUAGCCACCACCACCCACAACAACACGUUGCAGCACAAAACAGCCUCGUGUAUCCCCCCAACGAAAUGACAGUGCAACAGCGCCCUCCUCUUGUACACACUUCUAGUGACCCCAGUAGCAAUCGGUUACCCAGAUUGCAAGAUAUAACCACAUUGGCCCAAAGUUGCUUUAUCGGGAGACAUGGGUCCUCCUCCCCAGAAGUGGAGAAUGAACAUGGACGAUCGAUGAUGAUGAUUGAUGAUGAGAUGACAACCACUUCCACCAUUGCUGCUUCCAACCAUCCUCAAGUUAAGCAUCGAGGUGAUGAUAUUGAUGAGUACUACAAACAACGAGUGAUGGGAUCCGGGCUGUGCCGACCGGCAAUCUCGAUUAAUGCGGAUGCGAAUGAUCGCGAAUUGAGCCUCUUGUCACACAAAAAUGCUUCGCAUCCCAUCAGACAGCGGCCUUUUGUCCCAUACGCACGACGCAAUAGUACUGCCAUUACUACUACGACGAGUACAAGCACGAGGUAUAGCCCACCACCCUCUCCACAACCACAUGCAGCCUUUCGUGCUGGUGGUAAUGAUGGUAGUAGUAGCCCUUGGAAUACCAUGCAACAAAAUCAACCACCACCACGAUCACCAUCAUCGCCUUCUUCUAUUAAACAUCAUAGCAACAAUACCACACGUCGGUGUAUUUCCUCACCACAUAUUGCUGCCCCACCAACCAAACCAAUGGCAACCGUGAGGCGCAGGCACUCUUCUUCGGCAAAGACAAACUUUUGUACUAGCAGGUCCCAGCGCUAUGCUUCCUCCUCUUCUUGUGCCGCAUCGGUUUCACAGCAUCACGUAAACCAUUGUGAGAGUUGUGGCACAACUUCUAGUCCCGAAUGGCGAAAGGGGCCUUCGGGUCACAAAACUUAUUGCAACGCUUGUGGUCUCAGAUAUUGGCGGUCUGUAGCACGCAAAGAAAAGAUGAUGGCCCAACAACAAAAGGCGCGAAACGAACAACGAGCAGCUCACCACAAUCAUUACCACCAACAACAGCAUCAGCUUUCACCUAUCAGUGCAACCAUUACCAAUAGCACACCACCUUCACCAUCCUCAUCAUGCUCAUCCUCUUCACCACUUUCACCCGCAUCACCCGCACCCAUUAUGGUUACAGCCAAUGCCACAGCAUCUGUCGCAUAUGCAGAUAACAACAAUAGACGUUAUGAUACAACAUCAUCAUCUUCCACCACCACCACUACCACCAAUAUGCACCAUCCUCAUUUGCAACCAGCAUGGGGAUUGCACCCAAAAAUCACCCACUAA